GUUGCAGCAUACAGAGAGAAGAUGCGUGAGCUCCCUCUGGUGUCUCUCUUCUGCUCCUGCAUCCUCCCCCAACCCAGAGACACCACGGCCGACAAGGAAGCCGGCGUGGUGGACCUGAACCUCUGCAACAUCCGGGACAUGGAGGUGAUCGAGCUGAGCAAGCGGACGAGCGGCCAGGCCUUCGAGGUCAUCCUGAAGCCGCCCACCUUCGACGGCGGCCCCGAGCUCAGGGCGACCACGCCGCCUCGCCAGAAACCCUCUCUGGAGGAGAUCCAGAAGAAACUGGACGCUGCUCAGGAGAGGAGGAAGUGUCAGGAGGCGGAGCUGCUGAAGCACCUGGCCGAGAGGAGGGAGCAUGAGCGCGAAGUCGCUCAGAAAGCUCUGACCAAAGAGCGCCAGGAGCACCGCGCCGACGCCGACAAGGAGCAGCGGCAGAUGCACCUGAACGCCUCACAGGAGAGACUGCAUGUGGAGGACAAGCACAGUGUGGAGGUGUCUUGAUGGCCUGAUCACAACACAAGCUGAACUUUCUUUGGAAGCCAUUUUUCGGAGGGCUGACGAGCUGAGGA